UCAUAUUAUUGCUAAAUAAUAUCGGUUAAUUGUACAUUUCUGUAAAAAGGAAUUUAGUCGAUUAAGUAAAACUUAUAAAGGAAUAUCUAGAUAUAUAAACAAAACUGUUUUAUUGUUUCGAUUUAACAUGUUUAAAAACGAAAGUAGAUAACAAAAUUUGAAAGAAAAAAGAAGCUCUUUCCUUAGAUGUGGGUGUGAACUGUUUGGAGAACUCACUCCAGCCAAGCCAUUCUUUGAUAUCUAACAAAGCUAUUGACUUGCCAAUUCAUUAUUUUCUGACAUUACGAGAAGAAUGGGAACUUCGUGCAGUAAAAUAUGCAAAAAGAAGACUAAACGCUAUGAGAAAAAGGACGUGAAAAAACACAAAAGGGACCAGGGAGAUAAAAACCAUCAUAACAAACGAAAUGGACACAGAAAUCCGAAGCAACAAGCGGAAGGUGGAGCUGAGAAACGGAAAGGACCUGAAAAGCCAUGUCAGCCGGUGGAAGAAGAGUCCAGUAUUAAUUAUGCCACCAAUGAAAGUGGAACAAAAGAGAACAACAAAGGCAAUGAUGAAAAUAUGAAAGAAAACAACUAUAUAAGACCAAAUAUUAAUGACAAAGAGAAGGUUGAUGAUAACAGAGACAAAAAAGAUUAUAAGAAAGCGAGAGGAAAAAGAAGAAAACAGAAACAUAAAAGAAAAUCAUACAGUAGUGACAGCAGCUGGUCAUCGAGCUCUUCAAGUUCAUCUAGCUCGUCUGAGGAAGAUAAUGGAAAAACUACGAAAACUCGACAAAAGAAGAGAAAUAAUGAUGGCAGUGUCACGUACAUCAAAAAUAAAACAACUAUUGGUAGCAGCAAGAUAUCGUUCAAGGCUGCAAAGAAUAUCAACAUUUACAAGAAUAACUACAUGACACAGCCGAAGCCAGAAAAGUUGCGUAAGCUAUUCAUAUAUGAGUACACCGAAAAAACUGCCAAGGUUGAGGAACGCAAUCUGUUUUCUUUGUUUCGAGGCCAGAAACCUACUCAGGGGCAAUUUGUUGAUCUAAGGGGUCAAGAAAAUGUCCAGUCAGUAUUUACAAGUAGUGUACUCUGUGACUGUUCCAAAUGGAUAGGACAAAUUGUUUUUCCACGCGGAAGUUGCACGUGCUUCAGAGUGGGCACUAACUAUAUCAUGACUGCACUGCAUUCUGUGAAGAAGAUCAUUGACAACUCUGUUGAAUAUCUACCUGUUCAAGAGGACUCCAGCCAAAAUGGUGAUGGUCACCUUUGUCAUUUAAGUGAUCAUAAUAUAUUCGUGGAUUUCAAUUUCUUAACCGAAAACCAGCCACGACCUGAGAGAAACAAAUUCCACUUCAAGCAUAUUCGAAGAGUAGAAGAUAUUCCAUUUGAAGACGAGGAGACUGACACUAUUGUGUUGGAACUUGAAAACGAACCAAACAAAAGAUUGCCCAUGCAGUUCACCAACUUUGGAAUCCCAGUGUUGGACAAGACUUUCCACUUGAUAACGCAUUCAAAUGGAAGGCCCAAAGAAUUUGAUAAGGUGUACAAAAUGGUGGACAUAAAUGCUCCGCAGACUUUUGAUGAUAUCAAUUUUCUGAACCAGGAGAGUAGAAGAUUUCUAGCGGAGAAAGGCAAAUGCGCAGACAGACAUCCAUGUGAGAUCCGACCUUAUGAUAUUUUAGCUAACCACAACAGAAUGUUAUUUCAUUGUGCUUCAAAUAAAGGUGCUUCUGGUAGUCCUGGAGUACAGGUUACCUCUUCUGGUCGAGUUGUUGUUGUAACAAUGUUACUGCAUGGCUAUCCUGACUGGUACUAUGAUCGCGAAUGUGAAGAUAUAAAGGCCGGCUGGCCAGAGCAAUACACAAUUGAACAAGGAGUGAACUUUGCAUCUGUUUAUGUGAAAAUGAGAAAUAAAAAUGCUUCUUUGUGUGCUGAUGUAUUCCCUGUUGCUAACCAACCAACGGAUUCAACAUUUCACACUGUUAGUGCAGUUCCACCGACAGAUGAAAAUUAGAAUAGAAACGGACAGGGUACACGUGUUAAGCACUCAGUCCAAAGUAGCUGGUCUCUCCCUCAUUGGUUUCGUUUCGGGCAUAAACAUGGUCAGGAAUCAAAUGUAGAGGACCUCAAUAUUUAUUUUAAGAAAAGAUUUAACCCUAUUACUCGUGUUGGAUAUUUUCUGUUGCUGCAGUGAAAACAAGAUAAAAAGCGAAUUCGACGAAAGAUGUGUACUAUGAACUGACAUAAUUUAACUUAAACAAUACCACAGGGGAAAAAUAUCAUCAAAGCUAGACUUUCACACUUCAUUAAACAACAUUAUAAUAAAUGUUAGUGAAAAAAUAUUUUGUAAAGUUUUGCAGUAGCAUUUCCUAUAUUCAUUGUAUUGUACCUCAGAGUUGUGAAAUUAUAUAUCACAUACGAGCCAUUUUAGAAUGCCAUUCUUUUUUGUUUCAUUUCUUAAUGUUCAAGCUUUAUUACUUUUUUAUUGCCAUACCUAUAUCCAAGUGUGUAGUAAACUAAGCAAAAUGAUCGCAAAUAAGAAUAAUAAGCGUAUAGCUUUUAUGUGCCCUUACACACACUCAUACAAACUGAUAACGGCCACCGUGGCAACCUUGUGAAAACUAUUGUCUAUCAUUUCAAAUAACAAAGGAUACAAUGAUGGUCGAACAUAUUCUGCCAUAUCUGUAAGUCAUACAUGUUAUGAAGAGGUUGUUAUAUGUAAGAAAUAUGAACAAAAAUGACGUACGAUAUUUUUUCAGCAUUCAAAUAUGCGGUCAUUCCCAACAAAAGCAGGAAUAGCAGAAACUAAGUGUUAAGACAUUACACCAUCUAUUGAAUUUACGCACAUAUUAAGUGUACAAUUUACUGUCUAAACUUUAGGAGUAGGCUUAACGAAGGUUUAAUAGUGUACAUUCAAUGCGUGAGUACACAAAAUGCGUGAUAAUUAAUUCCUACCUGAGGUCUUUUAGUAAGAUUUUAAACCAAGUCCUUUUAUUGUUUUUGCACCUUGUGUUAAGAUGGUACCGCUAGAAUGUUGGAAGAUUAAAAUUUCAAAAUUUCAACGGAGGAGAAGCAGUUAAAGGUAUUUAAACGAGUCAAACGGAACAAAAGUAUGUACAUUGUCGCAUACAUCUAGGCACGUUGUCUUCCAGAUAAAGAACACAUUAAAAUGCUUCGAUAUUAACUCUUUAUGUCAACUUUAUGGAUUAAGAUGGAAAUAAUAAUUUUGAAAAGAGUUUGAUUACUCAACAUCAACCGGGAAUCAAAUCUCAAACAACUGUUAGUGACAGGUUAAGUGACUUACUGAACAGCAUCGUAUUUCUCGAAAUAGUAAAGAAAACUUCUUUGAAAGUUAGACAUAAACUUGUCCCGAUUGCGUCCUAGUGUGUCAAAGUGUUAAAAUAUCAUCAACAUUUAAUUACUAUAUUACUACACAAAACAAGUAUGUGUAUAAAAUUGAAGACAGAAAUAGUCAAUUAAAAAAAAAAAAUGUGAAUAUAAUUUCAAUUUUGAAAAACAAAUAACAUUUUUCAUUGUAAUGUCAAUUUACCCCCACCAACUUUAGAAAGCUAAUCAUUUCUUAAAAUAUUGACUGCUUAGUGAAAGCAUUUUGGUUUGAUAAGUAUUUAUUUUGAUUAAAUGUUUCUAAAAUCAAAAUAAAAAAAAAAUCUAAAAGAAUAAAAUUGAAAUGUACGUCCGAACCGUAACUAUUUAAAGUUUAUCAAUUUGUCUUGGGUUAUUAUCAUUUUCUCUGUAUCUUCUUUGAAAUGAUAUUUACAACAUUAUUUAAAUCAUGUCUAUAAUGUGUAAGUAUACAUCUAUUGUUAAUACUAGUAUCACAUUUUGCAAAAAAUACAUACAAAAUUGUGUUAUUAUUAUACAACUAAACUGGAUAUCGUUUUAUUUAUUUUUUAUAUUAUUAUUUAACUUUUAUUUUGGCAACUUUUGGCGACCAUCGCACAAUGUUGCUUGCAACAGCAUUUCCAUCCAUUUUGUUGAACCUAAUAUGUUCCGUUAAUCGAUAGCGUAACUCGAUUAAAAUAGCUCAUAAACAGUUGUGAAGGAAUAUAUAUGUAUAUUAUUUCAAACUGAAAGUAUUUUUUUAAAUGUUAUUUUUGUAAGAAGAUAUGUGUUUAAGAUAGUUAUUAAUGACAAAAUCAAAAGUUUAUCAUUCAUGGUACUAGAAGGAGCCCCAUUGAAUAGCUUUAAUUUGUUGACGGCCAUUUUUGCAGCCAUCUUGGAUUUUCUCAAACCGCACCGUUAUGCGACACCAUCAAUUUUUCUCGCACCAAAUAUGUUCCACUUACCAUUUCUAGAGAACUUAUUCUGGACCGCUCGUCCAGACAGAUAUUCUCUCAGGGACUGGACUGUACUUAUAAACAGGGAUUUCGUGAAAUGAGCGGCGACAAGAGAACAAAUUAGCACCAAACAAUAACAAUGGCUUUGUUAUAAAUUCGCUCACUUCGGAGAACACGUUAACUUGUUUCCUUUUAAUGAAUAUGAAAUCUCUAUUAUAUACCCGUGCUUUCACAUGGUAAAAUAAUAUAUUGUUUAGAUACCGACACGUUAUAUGUGCAUUAACAAUAACACCUUCCGCCACAAAAAAAAGAAGAUAAAAAUCUUGAACCAUUUGAUGAUUUGAUACAGAAUAGUUUGAGGAAGUUUAGUUUGUGAAAAAGGGUGUUAACGAAUAAAAGACAUAUACAAAGUCGUAAAAUUGAACUGCAAUCUAUUUUUAUAGUUGGAUUUAAUGAUUGUUUUUUAGUUGUCUUGCUGUAUUAAUAACGAAAACCGUAACCUUGUUAUGUGAGGGGAAUGCUAUUUUAAACCGAACCUUGAUAGCUAAACAAACGUGUUAGUAAAGAAAGCACACUGUUAGCUGAAAUACUAAGGGUACUGAUCAAAAUAUCAAUUUUGUCUUCUUGUUUUCAAUCAAGUGAAGUUUUAAACAAUCUAGCGCUGAGGAAUGGCGAAUGAACAGAGAUUAACGUCUGAAGAAGUGGAUCAAAUGAACGCCGAAGAAUAUACACCUGUGAUUGUUGUUAUGACAUUGAUAGUCGUUUUUGGAUUAACCGGAAAUAUAUUUGCCGCCAUUUUCUACAUUCGCAAAGCGCAACAAUCUGUCUUGCAUAUUUUCAUUUCCUGUCUCUCAGUCAACGACGCGGUAACUAAUUUAGUUCUUGUGCAGGAAAUAGUUCAACUCUUCUUUUACCUAUCUGGGAAGGAUAUAAUAACUUGCAAACUGUUUCUUGUUUUAAAGCACUGGUUGGUGGGAAAUUCUUUACUAUUUCUCGUGGCCAUUACAGCAGACAGAUAUCAUCGGGUGUGCUUUCCGUUUUCAAAACAAGUUACAUACCCAGUGGCAAGAUUAAUCAUUUUAGGACUUACAUUUUUCUCUUUCCUCAUUGCAUCAAGUAAUAUUGCAACCGGUGACAUAUUUAAAUUCAACAUAACAGCUGACAUAAAUUUUACAAUAACUGGUUACUACUGCACACAGUCUAAAGAGAAAGGUUUUGCACAGGCUAAAACUAUUUUUCAUAUAGUCGACAUCUGCAUUCAUGGAAUUAUCAUGUGUUCCUUCAUCACGUUAAAUAUUCUACUGAUGCGAAAAAUCGUUCUGACUCAGAAGAAAUUGCAAACACACGGGCCAUUGGUUUCUUUUCAAGUGAAAGACUUGCGCGACGAAACAAGUGUCGAAAGAUCAAGUACAGACAUAGUUCAUAUAGACUUUGACAAGAGCGGUGAGAACACAGAUUUUGAGGCAGUGAAUACAACGGAAAAGAAAAAUGACGACAAAACAAAACUUGAACACAAAUCUGAUUUGCGUAUAAAGUCACGCACAUUGGAAAGCAACCGUGGAACGUUCCGCCGGACAUUGAGUCAUAUUCAUUCCACCCAGAUGGAAAUCAAAAUAACUGUAAUGGUUGUUGUGAUAACUGUUAUAUCUGCGUUGUGUUUUGUUCCUUACUAUGUGGCUAUGCUCACCGUAAAACAAGAUUUCAGCGGAAGUAGUCGCAUUAUGAGCGUAGCGGAAAUUCUUGCGCGCAGAUCUUACAUAUUAAAUAGUGCCGUUAACCCUUUCAUAAUGGUGGUCUUCAACCUUCCAUUUAGACGGUUUGUGCGACAAAUAGUUUGCUUUAAAUGUCUAAAAUGUAAAAAUUUGGCAAAUUGAUGAUAACUUCCAUUCAAAUUGAACAGUUGGUAUCCAAAUUGCUGUGAAUAACAAUUCACAACAUUCUGCGUAAAGAGCUUAUAACGAUUUGCUUUUGGAUUAUUCGUUUUUAAGUUUUUAUUGAAAAUUCAUUAUAGAUAUUAUCAUUUACUUGUCUGUAUGCCAUUACAAUUCUCUUUGGACGUCAUGAGAACAGUAUUCAGUGUGAAACUUAUAUUGAUUUAUUGUGUUUGAAUACUUCAGAAUAUUUGCUAUUAUGGUGAUUGCAUCUUUAUCAAAUUUUGAUAAUUUAUUUUACAUUGUAUAUUUAAGACAUAUGCAUUUGCGAUGAUAUCAAAACUGCAUUUGAUUAAAUAUCUUAAGCUUU